UCGUUGUUCUCUCCAAUCACAAAACAAGUCUUAUAUAGGAAUUUUUGUAUUUAUUCAGUUUCUCCAAAUGUCAACAUGUAUGUUUUUUAUAAUUGUUUAUAAAUUAAUACAAUGUUUAUGUGUGCAAUUGUGUGUAAUCACUAAUGUUGUUUCAUUGAUAAUGUUGAUCCAAGUACGCAGCUAAUGUACAUAAAAAAAUAAAAAAGUUAUUCAACAAAAAUCAUCAUCAUCAUCAUUUAAUUAAUUGAUAGUAUUGAUGUGUCAUUUUAUACCAAACAUAAAGUGCACUGAUAACAAUUUUAUAAAUCAAAUAAUGGAUAUAAAAAUAAUCAUAUAUUUUUUAAAAUAAUAUUCAUUAUCAAUAACGCAAUGUUAGUGUCAUAAAAAAGUGUUAUAAAAGUUGAUUAAAUAUACCAAGUUAUGCGAUCUAAAGGUUUGUUAUUUUUUUUGAUAUGUUUAGUUGGAACAACUGUUGUUUUUCUAGCUUUUAAUUAUCAAAGACCUUCCAUAAGAACAUUUGUAACAGAGACACAUAAACAGCUUAAAAGUUUUCAGAAAAAUUUAAAAGACGUUGAAGAAAAAAGAUUUGUUACUGAUUCAAAAUAUCUAGCUUCAUUGGGACUUGAUCAUCAAACAAUUGCUGAUACAGCAUUACAAAAUUCAAAGAAUGUAACUGUUAUAACACUUCUACGACCUGGAAAAGAGAUAAAUAUAUAUGGUUUUAUUAAAAAUGUAUCACAUUUUUUACCAGCUAAUAAUGUUGUUAUAUAUGGAAUUAGUUUGGAUGAUGAUACAUUACAAAAUAUACGACAAAUAUGUAAUUCAAGUAAAUGUAGUGUUGUACCAUUUGACAUAAAUUUAUUUCCAAGUUAUGCUGAAGAUGAGAGAUUACAUGUGUAUAAACCAUUAGUAAUACAGUCAGCAUUACAUACACUGGGAAAUAUAUUGUAUAUGGAUUCAAAUAUACGUUUAAAUAAUACAAAUAUAUCAAAAUUUCUUUUGCCAGAAUCUGGAAUUUUAACAUGGCCUACAAAACAUGCAACAAGUUCAUUGACACAUCCAAAAAUGUACGAGUAUUUUCAUGUUUCAGCUGAGAGUUUUUUCUUCCUACCAUUAGUAAAAACGUCACAUAUUAUCAUUCGAAACACAAAAGAAAUACGAGAUAAUAUUAUGUUACCUUGGGUUCAGUGUGCAUUAACUAGAGAUUGUAUCUGUCCAAUAGGAGCUCAAUCUGCUGGAUGUCGAUUUAACAAAAAACCACAAUAUCGUUAUUCUGGUUGCCAUUCUUAUGACACUUCAGCUUUAAAUAUUCUACUUGGUUUAUAUUUUAAUUAUGAAGAUUCAAGGUAUAUUAAUCGUGAACAUAAAUCAUCGUUUAUUACAAUACAAACAGAUAAAAUAAAUGAAGAAUAUUUAUCAAUAACAAGACAAAAUAAUGCUAGUGAAGCAAAUAUUAAAAAUUGAUUAUCAAUUUUAACGGGUAAUAUUUUUUUGUACUAUAUUAUUAUUUAAUAAAUCAAUUUUUUUAAAUGAA